AUGUAUUGUCUGAAUUUAAUCAAGAACAGCAACAAUCCGAGCCUUAUUGUACUACCUCAAAGAUAUGUGAGACGAGGAUUUAGUUUGGUGGUCAAUUCUUCGACAGGCGUUCUGUCAACAUUUCUCGCACAUUUUGCGUCAACAUAUGUAGGUCUUACCCAAAUUGAAUUGGAAUUGGGAUCGGAAGCUUUUCAAAGAGGGGUCCAAGUACAUUCAGUACAAGAAGUUGAUGAAAAUAAUUAUAAUUUUUCAGGUUUUUUGUUUUGUUUUUGGUGA